AUGUCUGUGUUUACGUUUCUAUCUCGUUCCCUUCCCCCAUCAAUUAACAUACCUGGAGUAACAUCUACUCUUUGUGUCAGCCAAAAGCUUCUGCGGUUGUAUGGUCACAUCUUUUCUGACUCCACUGGUGUUUAUGCAUUUGGACCUGAAGUACUUCGAUCUCUGCGAAAGCUGGAAAGUUUAGUUGACAAUAGCAUGUUACAGUUAGGAGCUCAGCGUGUUUUACUACCAACGUUAGGUCCGAGACAUAUUUGGGAAAAGUCUGGUCGAUGGUCCACCAUGCAAAGUAGCUUAUUCAGAGUCAAAGACAGAUUAUCUCAUGAGUACUGUUUACAGCCAACCCAUGAAGAAUAUAUAACCAAUUUCGUUGCCUGUCUAAAUUUAUCGUAUAAAUCCCUCCCUGUUUUGGUGUAUCAGAUAACCAGCAAAUUUCGAGAUGAACCUCACCCUAAACACGGUCUAGUCAGGGGACGUGAGUUUUUAAUGCAAGACAUUUACACAUUUGAUGCUUCUGUCGAAACGGCUGAGAAAACGUAUAAACGUGUAAAGACUGCAUAUUCUGACUUGAUGGUUAACCUUGAGUUACCAUACCUAGUUGCAUGUGCAGAUCCAGGUAAUGUUGGUGGUCUCAUUUCAGAGGAAUUUCACGUUGAAGCUGAUAUAGGAGAAGACCGAAUAUUAACGUGCUCAAAAUGCUCCUUGAAAUUCAAUUCUGAACUUGAAGUUACCAGCUCCCUCUGUUCCUUACAAUCUUGCCCAAAAGUAUUCCAUGAAGUUCAAGGUAUAGAAGUCGCCCACUGUUUCCUAUUGGGAGAAAGAUAUUCAAAGUGCUUUGAUGCCACUUAUCGAUCCCCUUCAGGCUCGAAACUUAUGUUCAUGGGGUGCUAUGGUCUUGGAAUAUCACGUCUACUUGCCGUCUGCAUCGAACACUUGACAAGAGUUGCAUUUCCUGACAAGUCCAAAGAUCAGAUCACACAACUUCGAUGGCCUGUUCGGAUCGCACCAUACAGCGGAGCAAUAGUUCUACAGAAGGAAACGGCCAAGGAUAGUGUGAAUCCAGAUGAACUGAAAUAUAUUCUCGAUACCAUUCAAAGUGACUCCAUCAACUUCAAAUUACCUGGUGACAUUUUGGUGGAUGAUCGCAUGGGAUUAAGCUUGGGUAGAAAAAUUCUGGACCAAAGCCGCUUAGGAAUACCUUGGAUACUUACUGUAAAGAGUCAGAGAGAUGGCACAUAUGAAUUGAUUGAUGUUUAUAAAGAUAGAUCAUGUGUAGCCACUCUAGAACAAGCCAGAUCUGCAUUCAAUAACCCUGCAGUAUUUGAUGCAUCAUCUCUCCCUUCUUGGAAUCACCACAAUGAGCGCAAUAUAAGUGGGAACAAACUCGUUUAA